AUGGCGACACGGCGGACGCUACUGGCGCUCCCGUACGAAAUAGUCAUCGAGAUCGCCGGGCUUGUCGCCGCGACCUCGCCGCACACGAUGGAGGACCUCUGCAGCCUCCGUGGCACUUGCCAGACCAUGCGCGCGGCAUGCAUGGAGCGCGUCGUCAGGAGCCACGUAGCGCUAGAGCGGGAGGAAUCCAUGAGGUGGCUCGACCCCAACCGCUACCUCGCCCUCGUCGACAAACUGGCCGCCGCCGGCAACUCGGAGGCUUGCUUCGUGCUCGGGCUCAGGCUCGUCUUCACGCAGUGCCGCACGGACCCCGUCGGCACUGCCUGCCUCAGACAGGCGGCCGCCGCUAACCACAAGGUGGCGGCCUACGUGCUCGGCGUCCUCCUUUACGGGGACAACGAGGCCGAGCAAUACAUCAGGAAGGUGGAGGGCGAGGACAUCGCCCACGGGUGCAAGCCGGAGGCCAGCAGGACCAACCGGGAGUGCGUGAGGUGCCACGAGCAAGCUGUCGACGCGGUCAGGGAGGUGUUAUGGAGGGUGGACGGAAUGAUGGACCCGGUGUCGGUUUCGCCGCCGGAGGUAGGUUGCAAGGGUAGCGGCUGCGGCAUGGCGGAAGGAUGGACCGGCGGCUGCGCUAUCUUUUGUAGCCACGGCUGCAGGAUUAGGCACAAGUACUCUAGGUUCUUCUCGCGAGUCUCAUCAUUCCUGAACUAA